GAGUUUUAAUGUGUGUGCGUGUGCGUGUGCGUGUGCAUGUGCGUGUGUGUGUGUGUGUGUGUGUCCUUCGGUCCCCUGUGAUUGUGUCUAUCUGUGUGUCAUCAUCUUUAUCAGGAUUCCCACCCACAGUUUUAUCAGAACUUCAGUCCGUCGUGCAUCUUUGUGUGGAGAGGUUCUAAGUCUUUUCCUAAGUCUAGCAGGAUCAACUGAAGGCUUCCCCCUUCAGAAACUAGCAGAGCCGAGCAGACGAUGAGGAGCAGUGUUGGGCUGUGUGUGUUGGGCCUGCUGUGCCUCCACAGCUCAGUCUUUGGGCAGGAGGCAUCGGAUGUUCAGCCCGGCGUCCUGAUCUUCUGUGACGACCCAUCUGUGGAGAAGGCCGUCCACAGCGCCGUGAACAAGUUCAACGAGAGGUUGAGCACCGGACACAAGCUGGCCCUCUUUCAGACACUAACAGCGAGUAAGUCGGAGAAUGGCUCAGACUCGGUGUACUCGCUGCAGUUCACCAGCAGGAGGAGCGACUGUCCAGCUGGGAGCAACACGCCCUGGACCGACUGUAACUAUCUGUCUAAUCGAAGCAAGAAGCCGAUUUCAUGCAAUGCCACAGUCUACAUGACAGAGACUGAAGCAGACACUAAGCAGGUGGAUUGCCUGCUCGACCACGUCAUCAUUCCAGAGAAAGCCUCCUGUCUGGGCUGCCCGAUGGAGAUCGAUGAGAACUCAGAGGACCUGAAGUUACCUCUCUCCGUCUCCAUCUCCAAGUACAACUCCAUGUCAGACUCGACUCACUUGUUCACCCUGCACAGCGUGGGUCACGCCACCAGACAGGUGGUGGCCGGUUUCAGGUACAAGAUGAGCUUUGAUAUGAAGAAGACGACCUGUGCCAAGACCGAACACAAAGAGCUCAGUGGUCUCUGUGUCUAUGAUGAUCAGAAUGCGGAGUACGUUAACUGUAACUCCACAGUGGAUGUAGCACAAUGGAGAUUUGAGGACCCAAAUGCCCAGAUACAGUGUGAUGCAGGAGCACUGCCUACCAUGUUUGUGACCAAGCGCCGCCCUCCUGGCUGGUCUCCACUCAGGAACUUUCUGUACGACGUGCCCCCCACCGCCACGUCUCCAUCCUCAGCACCGUCCACCAAAGCUUCAGCCAAAGAAGAAUCCUCUGAGGAGGACACCACGGCCUCGAAGCAGUCCGCCUCCCCUGAUGUGGCCACUGAGGCUGUGAACGACAGCCCCUUCCACUGCCCAUCCAAGGCUUGGAAACCUGUCAAUGCGGUCCAGCCUGCAGCUCCUACGAAGGCUGCCACUGAGGAGGACACCCCGAAGUCCCCGGUAACCGGAUACAGACCUGCUGCUGGCAUAAACUUAUCCUCAAGUUAUCGACAUUUACACUCAAAUUGAUCUCACUUUCUCUCUUGUUUAUUUUGUCAACCUCUCUUUGCAUUGCAAGGCUGUUUUUUUGGAGGAGACAUCUUCAGGGGUGUAAUGCAGAUUUAAAACACAAAAAGGUUAAGGGUUAAAACAUUUUAGGCGAUAAAACAUGUUUUUUUGGUCCUGUGACUGAAAAGAAUUAUAGAAAUGAUGGCAGAGCUCUAUACUGUUAUCAAAUAAAAUUGUUUGUGUGCGGAAAACUGGUCCGUUUCUUUUGAGUAAAGCAAAGUAAUGAGUUAUUAAGUCGUGUUGGUUUAGAUGUGAGAGAAUGGAAAAAAGUAGAUUCUCAAAAUGGAAAUAAACAACAAUAAAAUAUAACUAUGUGCUGGUUUUAUGGGUGAAUGGAAAAGAAAACCAUCAAGAGAUAAAGUAGUUAUGGUUGACAAAACUUAACACAAUUAUUGACACCACUGUUCAAUAAAGUAAGAUUCUGU